AUGGCAGGUCCGGAUGACCGCGCAGUGAAUGGCGGACCGACAGACGCGUCGGAUUCAUCCAAGCCAUACUCAUGCGUGAUCUGUCACAAGCGCAAAGUCAAGUGUGAUCGCAACGAGCCAUGCUCAAAUUGUGCCAAGUCCAAUGUUGAGUGCAUCUAUCGCCCUCCGCCGCCGCCCCGUCGUCGCAAACGGGAGCGCGACGCGGGUGGAAGCGCGCCGCAUGAGCGCGACAAGUCGAGGAGGAUGACUGACGGAGAGUCCCUCGUAGAUGAUGUCGAGAACUCUCCCUUGUCUUCCUCCAGGCCAACACCAGAUGAAUUGUUGCUCCAGAAAGGCGGGUCCGGACGGAUGAUCAUGAAGGAUGGCAAUUCGGUCUAUCUUGACAACACACUUUGGACCGCCGUCAGUUACGAGCUUUCAAAUGCAGCAGAUGUAUUGGAGAACGGGUCAGACGGUGAAGACAAUCUGUCCCAAGUUGGCAAUGAUGAACCUAUUGACCUGUUCGGUUCUGCGACUGGAGAGAAUCUCACAGAAAUGCAUCCGAACCAGCUGCAUAUCUUCAAAUUAUGGCAAACGUUUCUCGAGAACGUCAACCCUCUGACCAAAAUUUUGCAUGCUCCCACAGUUCAACAACAGAUCUUAGAAGCGAUGGGUGAUUUGCCCAGCAUUGGCAAGGAACUUGAAGCCUUGAUGUUCUCAAUUUAUUGUAUUGCACUGGUUUCUUUGCCAGCAGCAGACAUCGAAAAAUCAUUUGGAGAAAGCAAAAAGGCGCUUUUGUCGAGAUGUCGACGAGGAGCUCAACUGGCCUUUCGGAACGCCUCGUUCUUGCGAACAUCGAGCACAAUGGUGCUUCAGGCUUUCAUAUUAUAUCUGUUGUCCAUGCGAGCCUUCUCCGACCCACAAACAAUCUGGACUCUGGCCGGCAUUGCAUUACGAAUUGCGCAACGAGUCGGGAUUCACCGGGAUGGCUCCGGAUAUGGCUUAUCAGUAUUCGAGACUGAAAUGCGACGCAGACUAUGGUUCCAGCUGAUGAUCCUAGAUGCCACGUCUGCACAAUUCUGCGGGGUUGCUUCUACCCCGAUGCUAGCCAAUGCAGAUACCCGGCCGCCAAUGAAUGCCAACGACAGUGAUCUCGACCCGCGAAUGACGGAACCAGCCUGCGAGAAACAAGGCCCAACUGAGAUGAUAUUCUGCCUUGCUCGUAGUGAGUUCGGGCGAUGGCUGCGGCGCUGGGGCAAAGAUGGCGGAUCUAAUUCGCCGUGGGCCUUUCUUUCAUCACCAUCAAUGUCCUUGAGAGAAAAGGAUAACGCCAUUAACGAACUGGAGAAUUCGAUGGAGCUGAAGUAUCUCCGAUACUGCGAUAAAUCCAUCCCUCUCCAUUUGGCCGUCACAUUGAUGGCACGAUCAGUCAUAUACUUCACCAGAUUGGUGGCACACCACCCUCGUCAAUACCAGGACCCAAACACCCGCAUCCCAGAGGCAGAGAAGGACACAAUUUUCGAAAACUGUCUGAAGAUGGCAGAGUAUGCAAACUAUGCUCAGACCAAUCCCGAUGUCCAGAGGUUUUCGUGGCACAUAGUGAACCAUCUGCCUUGGGAUGCCAUGAUUUUUAUGUUGUCGGAAAUACAAAAUCGGACCGACCCGGAAGAGAAAAACAGAGUUUGGCAGCUCAUUGGAAAUAUAUACUCGCAACACAUGAGGCAGAUACGCAAAAAUGCCCAGAUGCCCCUGCAUACAGCCCUGCAAAACCUGAUUGUCAAGGCGUGGCGGGCAUACAUCGUUGAGUGUAAUCUCCACCACCGAACCCCAACGCCCUGUCCUACGAUCAUCGCACAGCUAUUGGAAGAUUUCAAGGGUUCCACGGAAACAGCGCCAGCGGGGCAAAGUUCCAGGACGGUCGAGCCAAGUGCUCUCUUCCAAGAUCAAUCUGGCCGCGAAGCCUCGAAUGCGGACUUCGGCGUUGAAGUUGGAAAUUUCGACUUCCUGCUUAGUGAAAGCCCCAUGGACUGGACUGAGUGGGACAAUCUUCUGAACCAGUUUCAGGAAUCACUCGUAGAUGAUUUCGCCUUUAUGCCCGGGCCUGGAUCCCGAAGAUGA